CAGCUGAGGAGCGUGGUGCACGACUGCCUGGCCAAGCAUAUGUACGAGGCGGCCGCCUUCUUCGCCGACAAGCUGGUCACGCUGUCGGGCUACUCGCCCGCCGAGGUGUACACUCUAGCGCAGGCGUUCUUCUGCAGCCGCCAGUUCCGCCGCUGCCUACAGCUGCUGCGCAGCACGGAGCUCAUAGAGAAGGACCUGCGCUUCCGCUACCUGGCAGCCAGGUGCCUGGCGGAGUGCAAGGAGUGGGAGGAGUGCCUGUCGGUGCUGGGAGGGCUGGACGCAGAGGAGCCGGAGCAGCUGCAGCUGCCCAUGCCGCGCUCCACAGUGCCGCUCGGUUCGGGCAUCAACUACUUCUCAGUCGUCUGCUUGCUGCGUGGCCGGGUGCACGACGCUCUGGAGAAUUUCCCGCGGGCCGUCAAGUGGUACCAAGCAGCGCUGAAGGCAGACCCCUUCAAUUAUGAGGCCUUCCAAGCGCUGGUGGGCAGCCACAAGCUGAGCAAUGCCGAGGAGCUGGAGCUGGUCAACUCGCUUGACAUCCCGCCGCAGCAGGGCUGGCUGAAGCUGCUGUACACCAGCCGGUGCAAGAACAAGGCGGGGGUGGGGCUCGCCCCCAUGGCGCUCAGCCCUGUGCACGAGGAGGAGAAGAGCACGCCGCAGGCGGCGGCGGCAGCAGCGGCUGGCUGGGGCCUGCACGACAACCUGGAUGUCAUAGCGUGCAGAGCAGAGUGGCUGUACCACAGGGGCGCAUACGCCGAGUGCUACACGCUGACGGCGUCGGCGCUGGAGCGGGACCCGUACGCCACUGAGUGCCUGCCCGUGCACCUGGCCUCGGCGCUGGAGCUGCGCAAGAAGAACGAGCUGUUCAUACAGGGGCACAAGCUGGUGGAGGAGCACUCCGACCGCGCCGUCUCCUGGUUUGCGGUGGGCUGCUACUACAUGUGCAGCCAGCAGUACGAGGCGGCGCGGCGCUACUUUGGCAAGGCCACCGCCCUGGACCGCGCCUUUGCACCCGCCUGGGUCGCCUUUGGGCACGCCUUUGCCGCGCAGGACGAGAGCGACCAGGCCAUGGCCGCCUACCGCACCGCGCACCGCCUGUUCCCGGGGCUGCACGCGCCGCUGAUGGGCAUGGGGCAGGAGUACCAGCGCAUGAACAACCUGGGGCUGGCGGAGCAGUGCUUCUCGCAGGCGGCCCGGCUUUGCCCCUCAGACCCGCUGGUGGCCAACGAGCUGGGUGUGCUGGCGUACCGCAACAGGCAGUACGAGGUGGCCGCCGGCUGGCUGCGGCGCGCGCUCAGCCUGGUGCCCGGCGGCCGGCCCACGCCCAGCUGGGAGGCCACCCUUGUGAACCUGGGGCACACGCUGCGCAAGCUGCGGCAGUGGGACGCCGCCAUAGAGUGCUACCUGCAGGCGCUGGGCCUCAAGCCGGGCCAGCCGGGCACGUACAGCGCUCUGGGGUAUGCUCACCACCUCAAGGGGGACUACAACGCCGCCAUUGAGAACUACCACAAGGCGCUGGGUCUGCGCCCCGAGGAUGUGUUCACCGCGGAGAUGCUGGCGGAGGCGAUG